CAUGUGGUCGGUGCCGGGAGAUCAGCACCAUGGACAGCGCUCGCCUGCUCUACGUGCAGCUGCUGGGAGCACUGGGAGAGGCACGUCGGCCAAUCGGAGGCGACUGGAUGACCAGAUGAAGAAAAAAAAAAACACCGACUUGUUUACAGGAUGAGAUUUUUUUUCCCUCCACCUCUUCUUCUCCUCCUUCUCCCUAUUCCGGAAGUAGCUGCUGCUUUGGUUCAAUCUCCAAGCCGACCAUUUCGAGGAGGAAAAUCAGCGCCAGCAGUAUCAUCAGCACCAUCUAUCUGAUCCAGUAAUCAAUGCUAUUACUGCUGUGUAAUUGCUCUCGGAUUUGAAGACAUCUCCAUGCGCCCUCCCCGUCUUUCUCUCUAAUUAGAAAAAUCGCAGGGUGCCUUCAUUAUUCUGCCUCUCGCUCUUUCUUUGGCCGUAUUUUUUUUUUGGGGGGGGGGGGGGGUGGCUUGAGAUGAGAUGCUGAUGGACAUCGAGGCGAAGAUGGGAAACAUGGAGCUUUCGGGUGUUUUUGUGUGGCCGUGUUUUCAGGCUAUGUAGGCUUUUGGAAAAUAAAGAAAUGAAACGGAUUGUAUUUUUGAUCUCGACGUGGAUUGUCGGGGUGAAAUUCUCGGAUUCCUCGUGGAGGCUUCACAGAAAGGAGAUGAAAUAAAGAGAGAGAGAGAAGGAGAAAGAGAGAGAGAGAGGGAGAGGGGAGGAAAAAAUGGACCACGAUCUGACGCUUGGGAUGCUACAGUGAGGGACAAUACCAAAAAAAAGACAUUAUCAUUAUCCAGAUCAAACUUCCACUUCAUCUCUCAUUUUCCUUCUGGAUUAUCAUGCUUGACAAGAGUCCCAGAUGUGACUGUGUGGAUGGCAGGUCGUUGUAUUUUACACCCCGUCUUCUAUCCCCUGCCUCCGUGUUGCUCUCUCUUCCACUAGUCCACUCUCUCGCGGUCUUCUGCUUUGGGUAGCAAAACAUGUAGGCUAUUUUUUUUAUUUUGUUUUUUGCUGCAAGCCCGGUGCACCUGGAAAGAAAAAAAAAGGUGUCUUUGAAGACAAAUGGACCGUGGAGAUCAAAACUCGUGCACGUUGUGGCGCGUGUGUUCCCGGGGUGCGGCGCAAGAUGCAUCCGUAGACCGAGUUGUUUGAGUGAUGAAUAUUGAAAGAGUGUGUCGGGCCGGCUGAAAGGGAAAAUCUUUCAUCCGCAUUGGCUUAGACACACAUGCCAUCAGUGGGGCGCGAGCCUUUUAUUUCUGUCGAUUGCCAAUUGAUAUGCUGGCUGGGCCAUUGAUCAGAGCGGUACAAUAAGAAUGAACAUAUCGGGUGUAUGGAUAACAAUAUUCAUAAUAACAAUAAUACGAAUUAAUAAUAACAAUUAACAGUGGGAGUGGUGAACAAAAACACACACACACACACACACACACACACACACACAAACGCUUGAUACAUUCAUUUUCAGUCCGGGCUUUUUUCUUUGUUGUAGCCAAACAUGUUCAAGUAUCGGAUCCGCAUGUUUUUCAAUGAACUGAAAGUCCUGGUGUUUAUGCGAUCCGAUACGAGGCAGUCCGGCUCCGACACAGAGCGACGGCCCGCCACCAUGCGGGGUCUGGGGAUGGGCGGCUGCGGUUGGCCGCCUUUCGUCGACUGCCAUUCCCGGGACGACGAGGAGGAGUACUACGGCAGCGACCCGCGGCCCCGGAGCCUGGCGUUCGAGGACAAGGAGCCCAAGCUGCAAGUGGGCCUGGACGCGGUGUCUCUGGCCAGCAGCACCAGCAGCCAGCGGACCCCCCAGUGCCGGAUCUGCUUCCAGGGCCCGGAGCAGGGCGAACUGUUGAGCCCGUGCCGCUGUGACGGCUCAGUGCGCUGCACCCAUCAGCCGUGCCUCAUCCGCUGGAUCAGCGAGAGGGGAUCCUGGAGCUGCGAGCUCUGCUACUUCAAGUACCAGGUCCUGGCCAUCAGCACCAAGAACCCUCUGCAGUGGCAGGCCAUCUCUCUGACGGUGAUAGAGAAGGUGCAGAUAGCCGCCAUUAUUCUGGGCUCCCUGUUCCUCAUCGCCAGCAUCUCCUGGCUCAUCUGGUCCUCCCUCAGCCCCUCGGCCAAGUGGCAACGUCAGGACCUGCUCUUCCAAAUCUGCUACGGCAUGUACGGCUUCAUGGACAUCGUGUGCAUAGGCCUCAUCAUCCACGAGGGAUCUUCGGUGUACCGGAUCUUCAAACGGUGGCAGGCCGUCAAUCAGCAGUGGAAAGUACUGAACUACGAGAAAUCAAAGGACCUGGGCGACCCGCAGAGCUCGAGCAGCAAAGCGGGGGCUCGCAACUCCCGCGGCAACCCUCACGGCCUGGCGAGCAGCAGCGGCGGGCGACAGAGCAGGAGGUUAAGGACUAUUCUGAACCACCACUGCGGAUACACCAUCUUGCACAUCCUGAGCCAACUGAGGCCCAACGACCCCCGGAUCGGCGCCGCCGGCAACCGGGAGGUGGUGAUGAGGGUGACCACGGUGUGAGGGAUGGAUCCUCGACCCCCCGUGGGACCCCGAUGGUACCCGCGAGGGGGCCGGGUGACGCCACAUCAACAGACACUUGAGGAUUUUUCCUCCUGUUUCGUACAAGAAAAAGGAGGCCCGGAUGCUACUUUUCAAUAAUCAACCCGAAAAUACAGAUGCAUUAAAAGACCUAGAAAUGUGUGGAGGAAAGAAAGUGUACACAGGCUUUAUAACUGAAUCCAAGAUGGUGAGAGCGUUUUUUCCAGUUCAAUAUAUCAGGAUGCACAGACAUUUCUGUUUGAUUUGAUCCUCUUGGUUUGAUUCGUCUCUAUUCUUUUUUUUGUUUGUUUUUUACUCACUUUGAUUUUGUACGGAUGUAUGAUUUUAGAGGAAAUCGUGUAACUCCAUACAUGCCAAACCUUUCCAGACAACUAUGUAUAAUGAUCUUAAAAUUUCUACAAGACAACCGAUGCUGGGAAAUAGACCGAAAACUGAAGCAAACAAACAAACAAACAAACAUGAGGGCAAACACAGAGGUGAAUAAUAAGUCAUUACAAGUAAAAAAAACAAAAAGAAAGAAAGAAAAUAAAAAAUAAUAAAAAAAGAAAUCAGUAAGAUUUCAGUGACACUUAACCUUCCUGCAAUAAAGAUACGUAUGUACAUUACACGGGGAAUUUUGCAUGGGUAUAUCAUUUUAUUUUUCAUCACAUAACAUAAGCACAUGACAAAUUUGCUCUAUUUCCAAUGGUGCUUGUCAAAAUAAACACUUUAGAAACAUCUGAUUUCAUUGCACCAACUUCUAGUUGACAUGACAAAUGGCAGUGUGUUACAGCUCUUUCGGCUCAAAUACAGAUUGUUGCUGCUGUGUGCUGAUUCAGAUUUGAUAAUAAGUAAACUAUUGGAUUAAACAUGGGGAUCACAUGAUCUCUUACUA